AUGGGAAAGAAGAAGACGAAGACAAAUAAUAAACAAGGAACAAAAGAGAAGAUUCCGGUUUCAGCAUUGCUAGCCAGCAUGGAUCAGAAACUCGAUAAAGCAAGGAAAGGAUCAUCCUCUACCUCUACUACCUGUAAAUCGAAGCCAAAACAUCGUCCAAAGUUGCAAUCAUAUCCAGACAUUGAUCUUCCUUCUUCAAAUGAUGACGAUGAUGAUGAUGCAGACUAUCUAUCUACAGAAGAUGAAUAUCAAAACGAAGAAACCAAAAAAUCCAGUAGAAAACAGAGGGCCAACAAUGCGAGUUUUGAUUUAUCCACAACUGAGAAAGAGUUGCAGAAACGAAAAAAGAGAGAGAUGCUUGUUGCCCAAUUGUUAGAACAGGCGAAAGAAGAAGCUCUAAAGGACGAUCCUGAUGCAUUUACAGUUGUGAUUGGUGCUCGAGCUUCUGUUCUUGAUGGUGAAGAUGAAGCUAAUGCGAACGUAAAAGACAUAACAGUCGAUGAUUUAUCUGUUUUUGUUCGUGGGAAAGAGUUGUUGAAGAAUACAUCUGUGAAAAUCUCUCAUGGAAAAAGGUAUGGAUUAAUCGGGCCUAAUGGAAAGGGGAAAUCGACGCUUUUAAAGCUUUUGAAAUGGGAGAAGAUUCCUCGACCUAAAAACAUAGACGUCCUGUUGGUAGAUCAAGAAAUAGUCGGUAAUGAGAAAACCGCCAUUGAAGCUGUUGUUUCAGCAAACAAAGAGCUUAAUGAGCUCCGGGAAAAGGUUGCUCUCAUCGAAUCAAAUCAAGUCGAUAGCGAUGAAGAACUUUCUGAAUUAUACGAUAAGUUGCAAAUCAUGGGUUCGGAUUCAGCAGAACCUCGAGCUUCAAAGAUCUUAGCCGGUUUAGGGUUUACAACACUGAUGCAAUACCGGACAACGCAGUCGUUUAGCGGCGGAUGGCGGAUGAGAAUCUCGUUAGCCCAAGCGCUUUUUAUGCAACCGACUUUGUUGUUACUUGAUGAACCCACAAAUCAUCUUGAUCUUCGAGCUGUUCUUUGGUUAGAAGAGUAUUUAUGCAGAUGGAAGAAAACCCUAGUUGUCGUUUCACACGAUCGCGACUUUUUAAACAUUGUCUGCAACGAAAUCAUCCAUCUUCACGAUCUGAAACUCCAUCACUACCGUGGUAAUUUUGACGAUUUUGAAAACGGAUACGAACAGCGACGUAAAGAAAUGAAUAAAAAGUUCGAAACUUUUGAAAAGCAAGUGAAAGCUGCUAAAAGAUCCGGGAAUCAGAAACAACAAGAAAAGGUGAAAGAUCGAGCUAAAUUUGAAGCGAGAAAGAAAGGGAAAGGGAAAGGGAAAGGGAAGGUUGAUGAAGAAGACGACAUUCUUGAAGCUCCAAAAAAAUGGAGAGAUUACACAGUUCAGUUUCAUUUCCCUGAACCAACUGAAUUAACACCACCAUUGUUACAGCUUAUUGAAGUAAGUUUUAGUUACCCUGAAAGAGACGACUUCAAGCUUUCGAAUGUUGACGUCGGGAUCGAUAUGGGUACACGUGUGGCGAUAGUGGGCCCAAACGGGGCCGGAAAAUCGACUUUACUAAACCUCCUCGCCGGAGAUAUAACUCCGGUGACCGGAGAAGUAAGGAGGAGUCAAAAGUUGAGAAUCGGACGUUACUCACAGCAUUUUGUUGACCUGUUGAGUAUGGGAGAAACACCGGUUCAAUAUCUUCUUCGGCUUCACCCGGAUCAAGACGGGUUUAGUAAACAGGAAGCGGUUCGUGCCAAACUUGGGAAAUUUGGGCUUGUGAGUUGUAACCAUUUGAGUCCAAUUGCUAAGUUAUCGGGUGGGCAAAAGGCCCGAGUUGUUUUUACAUCGAUUUCGAUGUCUAGACCACAUAUUUUGCUUCUUGAUGAGCCUACGAAUCAUUUAGAUAUGCAGAGUAUUGAUGCACUUGCUGAUGCGUUGGAUGAGUUUACAGGUGGUGUUGUUCUUGUUAGUCAUGAUUCUAGAUUGAUAUCUAGGGUUUGUGAUGAUGAAGAAAAGAGUGAGAUUUGGGUGGUUGAUGAUGGACAUGUGAAGGCGUUUGGAGGUAGUUUUGAGGAAUAUAAAGAGGAACUUCAAAGGGAGAUUAAAGCCGAGGCUGACGAUUGA